AACCGAAAAGGGGCACGAGCACAUUACGCCGCGGCCGUGUUGUCGCCAAGGCGAGGCGCAUUCCGUGUCUCCACCAACGCUGCCGUGCCGGCUACCUCGAUCGGGGCCUGCCGUGCCGCCGGACGGACAUUCGUUUACCCAUCCAUGCCUAUGUGAGAGGCGGAAUCCGGCCGGCCGCUGCCCCCCUCCGGUCCUCCCCCACCUGCCGAUCGAUGCGCGGCUCCUAACCACUCUCCCUCUCCCGGCCGAAAACGACGACGACACCGCCGAGCGCGCGGCGGCCCUGUGAUGCCGCGCGCCCUCAUGGCAGCGUCAACCGAGCAUCUGGCCACGUCCCCCGCGGGAGGGCCGCCAGCGCCGAAGGCACAGGCACCCCCGCCGAAGGCUUCCUCGUCGUCUCCGCCGCCACCUCCACCGAAGGCUUCCUCGUCGUCUCCCCCGCCGCCGACACCGUCGCCUCCACAGCACUCACCGCCGCCGCCACCGUCGAAGCAGUCCCCGCCUCCUCCGGCACCUUCGUCGAAGACACCAGCGACUCCGCCGCAGAAGUCGCCGACGGCGUCCCCGCCUCCUCCGGCCUCGCCGCCGCCAUCGAGCAAGUCCUCUCCUCCUCCUCCUCCUUCCCCGUCGUCGACGCCUCCGUCGUCACCACCUCCGCGUUCUUCGCCGCCGCCGCCGCCCGCGGCAUCGACAUCGACAUCGACGCCACCAUCGUCGACGUCGCAGAAAUCGCCUCCGAAACAGGAAUUAACCAAGUCGCCGCCACCCUCGUCGUCAGAGAAGACGCCCGGAGCAGCCUCACCUCCCCCAAAUGCGUCGUCAGACUCCGGAUCAAAAUCACAGCCGCCGCCGCGCGGGACACCGUCGACGUCCUCGGACAACACCGCCGGUCGCCAGCCACCUCCAGCGUCGUCGGGGACACCAUCCUCGCCCACGCAGAUGCUGCCUCCUCCGAUGGCGGUGACGGUGAUCGUGCCGGGUGCCUCCGGCGGCCCACCUGCAAGCGGCAGGUGGAGGGGCCCGCCUGGCCCGGCACUGAGUCCCCCCGCAGGUGGCUCAGGCUCAGGCGGCAACAUGAAGAACGAGGUGAUCAUCAUCGGCAUCUCCGUCGCCGGGCUCCUCCUGGCACUGGCCUCGCUGCUGAUCAUCGUGUGCGUCAACAGCAACCGGGGGAAGAGGAAGCGGCGCGCGCAACCGUCGCCGUCGCGGAGGCACAACCUCGUCGUCGUGCCGGAACCGGCGGUCUCGCCGGACGCAGCGUACCAGGCGUCGCCGAGCGGGACGAACUCGUACGAGCUGUCGGGGACCAAGUCGUGGUUCACGUACGACGAGCUGGUGGGGAUCACGGGCGGGUUCUCGGCGGCGAACGUGAUCGGGGAAGGAGGGUUCGGGAAGGUGUACAUGGGGGCGCUGGGCGACGGGCGGCGCGUGGCGGUGAAGCAGCUCAAGGUGGGCAGCGGCCAGGGGGAGAAGGAGUUCCGCGCCGAGGUGGACAUCAUCAGCCGCAUCCACCACCGCCACCUCGUCACGCUCGUCGGCUACUGCGUCACCGAGAACCACCGCCUCCUCGUCUACGAGUUCGUGGCCAACAACACGCUCGAGCAUCACCUGCACGGAAAAGGGCUACCCGUGAUGGAUUGGCCGAAGCGGAUGAAGAUUGCCAUCGGAGCGGCGCGUGGGUUGACGUACCUCCACGAAGACUGCCAUCCUAGGAUCAUACACAGGGACAUCAAGUCGGCCAACAUUCUCCUGGACGACGCCUUCGAGGCCAAGGUUGCAGAUUUCGGCCUUGCUAAACUGACAAACGACUCGCUGACUCACAUCUCGACGCGCGUGAUGGGCACGUUCGGGUACAUGGCACCUGAGUACGCACAGAGCGGGAAGCUGACGGACAGAUCCGACGUGUUCUCCUUCGGGGUGGUGCUCCUGGAGCUCAUCACCGGGCGGAAGCCCGUCGACGCAUCUCAACCGCUGGGAGAAGAGAGCCUGGUUGAAUGGGCUCGGCUUCUCCUGGUGGACGCCUUGGAGACGGACGACUUCCGGGAGGUCGCCGACCCCGCGUUGGAGUGCAGGUUCUCCAAGACCGAGAUGCGGAGGAUGGUGGAGGCGGCCGCCGCCUGCGUGCGCCACUCCGCCGCCAAGAGACCCAGGAUGGUGCAGGUGUGGCGAUCGCUGGACGUGGACGAGUGCUCGUCGGACCUGACCAACGGCGUGAAGCUGGGGCAGAGCAUGGCGUACGACUCGGGCCGGUACUCGGCGGACAUCGAGCUGUUCCGGCGAAUGGCGUUCGCCAACGACCUCUCCACCGCCGAGUUGGGCGUCUUGGACGAGGACGACCACCACAGCAGCAGCAGCAAAGCCGGUUCCGGUUCCAGGCGGCACAAGUAGUGAUUCAAACACCUACGUACACGCGUGCGUGCGUGCGUGAACAAACGUGUGAUGUGCUGCGUGUACGUCGGGGCAGCUCGAUCGAAUGGCGCAAAUUAAAGGACCAAAACAGUGCCACGGCGGCUGUGCACGGGGGACGUAGUAGCGGAGGAUGGAUCGCAGAGGAGAAGCUGACGUGAGCGAGGCAGCAGGUGGCAUGCAGCUUCGUUUGAGCUAGCUAGCACGGUGUCUGUGUACGUUGCUAUUCCCUGCUCUUGUUUUUGUGUGUACAGCCGUGCAUUCUUGUCGCUAAUAAGAAAAGAAAACCGCUUGGCAUAUA